ACAGAGGAGGUUUUCCCUCAGGAUAUCUAGGAGUGGUGGACAAGGAGGGGAACUAUCACAGAACUCUAAUUGAUUGCUGUUGGAGUUUUCUGUAGAGAGUUUGAACUUGGACACUGAGAAAGAAGGCUGCAUUGUAUCCCAUCAGUGACACAUUCUUUGGAUAGAAAACAUUGUUUUUGUUUUGAUGGUGGCGGGGUGGAUCCUGCAGAUCACCACAAAAGUACAUUUUAUGUUUUUCCCUGCUCAUUCUGUUGGUGUUUCUACGAGCCUGACCUCAACAUGUCAUUGAGCGGGAGCUCCAAACGUGUCAUUGUUUCUUCACAAGUGAGGGUUUGGAGUGGCUCACGGAAGGCACCGGGUAAACUCCUGUGAGGAUGACAGUCGGACUGGAAUUUAAUCUUCACACCUCAGCUCUAUCUGCUGCCAUCAUGCCGGACAGGAAGUGCCUGCGACUGCAUUUUUGAGUCUCAUAUUGUCUCUGCUAAGUUUUAUUCCAAGGACGUGUGACUGGAACAGAAACAUGUGAUGAACAGCGUGACGAAAGGAAGAUCACCCGGAGAGGCUCGUAUAGGACUGUAACAUGCAGCUGUAGAGAGACACAUGGAAUGACUUUUUGUAUAUCUGUACAAUGGCAUGCUGUUGUCACACUGUUAUUGGAUAGAUAGAUGCUCUCAGUUGUUCAUGCUUCAUAUUGCAGCACUGUAUUGAUUCCUCCUGUGGUUCAUUUAUCUGCCUCUUGGUUCAAAGUUCACACUCUGCUGCAGGAGGCUGGAGAGUAAUUUCAAUGUUCAAGUGUUCAAGACACAUUGUGCUGUUGCUGGCCUCUAUAGCAUCUCUUAUUAACGUGACUGGAAGAGACGCUUUCUUCAAAAGAAGCAACGAAGCAACCACUUGUCAAGCGCCGUAAGCACUGUCUGUAAUUGUGGAGUGGUCCUCCAUCUUUGCCCGGACAUUUGUGGAUCUGUGUGGACAACGCGCAUCUGGAGUUCACUGUGUGUCUGGAGUUUGCAUCAGGCCUGAAUGGAAUGUUUGACCAUCUGCAUCUCCAGAUGUGCGUGGACGCUGGAACAAGACCAGCACACUGUGAAUGACCAAGACACGCUCACACACAUAAACUUGUUGGUCAAACUUGAGGGACCUUAAUAUACUCGGAGCAGAGCACACAUACACUCUGAGCUGAUCAAUGGAGUGUGUAUGCAGUGAGACAGCUGGGUACCAUGACGAUCAUAUUCAUAAUGAGAGUCCUGUAGUCUUUUCCUCCUACGCUUUACAAUUAGAGCUCAACUCCAUUGAUGGAGGUGGAGGCAACUAUGACAUAGUGAACAAUGCUGUGAUCUCCACUCCAGGGCCACAAAACUACAGAGCCCAGAAUGUGUCAUUACGGCAAAGCUGGGAGAUGAACUACCAAGAGGCAGCCAUUUAUCUACAGGAAGGAGAGAACAAUGAUAAGUUCUUCACCCACCCUCGAAACCCGAAGGCCCUGGCAGCAUACCUCUUUGCUCACAACCACUUGUUCUACAUGAUGGAGCUUCUCACAGGCUUGCUGCUGAUGAUGCUGUCACUGUGCGAAGCCCCCGCUGUGCCCUCACUGCGCCUGGACGUCUAUGUUCAUGCCACUCUGGAGCUGCUGGCUUUGGUGAUGGUGGCGUUUGAGUUAUGCAUGAAACUCCGCUGGUUAGGCUUCCACACUUUCAUACGACACAAGAGGACCAUGGUGAAGACGUGCGUGUUGCUGCUACAGUUUGUGGAGGCCAUAGUGGUUCUGAUCAGACAAACGUCUCACAUGCGAGUGACCAGAGCUCUGAGGCCCAUCUUCCUGGUGGACUGUAGAUACUGUGGUGCUGUGCGCAGAAAUUUGCGUCAGAUCUUCCAGUCCCUCCCUCCUUUCAUUGACAUCCUCCUGCUGCUGCUUUUCUUCAUGGUUAUAUUUGCUAUCCUGGGUUUCUGCCUCUUCUCUACAAACACGGCUGACCCGUACUUCAACACUCUGGAGAACAGCCUGGUCAGUCUGUUUGUGCUGCUGACCACAGCAAAUUUCCCUGACGUGAUGAUGCCAGCGUACUCCAAGAACCGCUGGUCCUGUAUCUUCUUCAUCGUUUACCUCUCUAUAGAGCUCUACUUCGUUAUGAACCUGCUCCUGGCAGUCGUGUUUGAUACGUUCAAUGAUGUGGAGAAGAUGAAGUUCAAAUCUCUUUUGCUGCACAAACGCUCUGCUAUUGACCACGCCUUUCAGCUGCUAGUUAGCCGGCAGAGGCCGAUGGGUGUGUCGCUGAAACAGUUUGACGGCCUGAUGCGUUUCUACAGACCACGCAUGUCUGCAAGAGACCGAUUCCUCACGUAUAAAGCUCUGAACACAUCGGGGGCUCCUAUGCUCAGCCUACAGGACUUUUAUAAGUUUUUUGAAGUCACUGGCCUUAAAUGGAAGGCACGAAGAAGCGGAGAACAUUGGUUCGAUGAUCUUCCUCACACGGCCUUCCUCAUUUUCAAAGGGAUCAACCUGCUGGUGAAGUCGAAGGCCUUCCAGUAUGCCAUGUAUGUGGUGGUGGCCAUCAAUGGUGUGUGGAUCCUUGUGGAGACGUACACGCUAAAUAGUGGACAUUCCUGGUCCAGAUUUGUCCCCUGGAGUUACAUUGUUUUCCUGACCAUUUAUGGAGUGGAGGUUUUAUUAAAAGUAGCAGGUUUGGGACCAACGGCUUAUUUCAGCUCUGGGUGGAAUCUGUUCGACUUCUCUGUGACGGUGUUUGCCUUCCUGGGUCUGGUGGCUCUUGCGUUCAACAUGGAGCCGUUUUAUUUCGUUGUGGUGCUCAGACCAUUUCAACUGCUCCGGCUGUUUAAGAUAAAGCAGAGGUAUCGAAAUGUGUUGGACACCAUGUUCGAGCUCUUUCCCCGGAUGGCAAGUCUGGGUUUGACCUUAAUCAUCUUCUACUACUCCUUUGCAAUCGUGGGAAUGGAGUUCUUUGCAGAUGUCGUUUAUCCAAACUGCUGCAACACCAGCACAGUGGCAGACUCCUACAGACAGUUCAACGUCACACACGGCAACAACACCGUUCUGGAAGAAGGCUACUAUUAUCUCAAUAACUUCAACAAUAUUCUCAGCAGCUUUGUGACUCUUUUUGAACUGACUGUGGUCAACAACUGGUACAUCACCAUGGAAGGUAUAACGUCCAUGACGAGCCACUGGAGCCGCCUGUACUUCAUGACCUUCUACAUUGUAACCAUGGUAGUGAUGACCAUCAUUGUGGCGUUUAUCCUCGAUGCCUUUGUUUUCCGAAUGAACUACAGCCGCAAAAACAGGGAACCACUGGAGAAUCCAGAGGAUGAGAAUGGGAUCGUGUUUGAAGUAGAGGUGAGUCGAGAUGAAAUCCUGGCCACUCUAGAGCUGUACAAACAGACGUGUCCAGGAGUGUCCUCCCUCAGCUCUCUACAAGGAGUUCUACAAGCUAUGGACAGGAGUGGUCACUCGUCUCUGGUGUACCAAGGACGCAGGUCGAGGACGAAAAGUGACCUCAGUAUGAAAAUGUACGAGGAAGAGAUGCAGGAGUGGUACACGGAGUAUUCAAGGGAAAACCUGUCUGAAACAGACCAAAGCUUGGAGCGGGAUCUGGACAGUCCUGUCUCUAACCCGUGUCCCUUCCCCGAGGCGCAGCUCAACUCACAGACUGGACCUCACAGCAUCAACUAACGCACACUUUCCAAGUGAUAACCACAAACUUUCUUAGCAUUCUGUGACAGUGGGAAAACUUGUCCUCGGCCUUUUUAGACUGACUUGAGAGACAACUUCACGUGGCUCCUUCAUAAACCAGCAGCACCGACGGACAGCAGCCCAUUUUUAGUUUGGCGUUGAACCCUGGCCCUGUUUUUCUGGCCCUUUCAAGACUUCAGCAACUGAAACCUGAGCCUGUACGACCACAGUAUGUUGUGUACAUGUACUGCUGUAGGCCUUUGUGAUUUGUAAAACAUGGAGUACUUAAACCUGAUGCCUUAGUUUAACGGCUCAUCCGACCAGUAUUAACAUGGACACUACCAAGUCGUCUAAAGACCAAAAGUAUAAAGACUUACACUCCUCUUAGCCCUAAACAAUACUGGUGUAUCUCCUAACUCAUUGUCAACAUAUUCAGUGUUUUAUAUAGCUUCCUUUUCUGUAAUGUAUUUCAGUUACCUCAUAAGGGAUUUUAAUAAACAGUUCAGAUUGUCAAGUGCA